AUGUCGACACCCAGAUCCGCGUCCCGCGGCGUCGGCAGCAGCGGCGACCUCGACGGCGCCGGUGGCAGCAGCACACCUGCCCUCGACAACACCAACAGCCCCUACGGUACCGCGCCCCAGCCCACAUACGCCGCCUUCUCGUCUUCGAAUCUUUCCACGGCCAAGCGCCAGUCGACCGUGCUGGUGCACCAGAAGUCCCCGCUGCUCCUGGCCACGCCGCCCCAAGUCACGAGGGCUCUCGCCUACAGCCACCCGUUUCUGCUGCCGCUCAACAAGCUGGUAGGCCUGUUGAGCUGGACAACGGGAGACCCGUGGGAGAGCUUCCUAUUGCUGGUGGUCUUCUGGGCCACGGUGCAAUAUGGCGACACUGUCUUGCGCUGGGCCGGGCCCAUCAUAACUGUUAUCGGCAUCAUCGCAGGCAUGUACGGGCGGCGGUAUAGUCCCCUCAGCAGCAGCGGCUGGGCCGAUCACCCGAGUUGGACCAGCAACAAUAGCACGGCAAGCAAGAAGGCCAAGGGCAGCACCUCGGCACCAAACGGAAGUGGCGGGGGCGGGGGCGGCGGCAAUGCCGGGGCACACCAGAGGAACACAAGUGAAGUAACGAGCACGCGACACCAAAAGACGCUGGACGAAAUCGUGGAGACAUUGAAAGUCUUCACCACAAGGUGUAAUAUUUUGCUGGAGCCGCUGCUGGUCAUGACGGACUUCCUCAGCACACAGCGCACAGCGACGAGCGCGACCACGAGACCUGCGCUCACGACCUUGUUUGUGCGAAUCUUGGCCAUCACGCCCUUUUGGAUCGCAUUGACCCUACCCCCUUGGCGCAUAAUCACCACGAAACGAGUUGUCAUAGUCUUUGGCACCAUGGUUUUGACAUGGCACUCCAAGGUCUCUCGAGUCACACGAACGCUCUUGUGGCGCAGCGCCGCCGUGCGCAAGAUGGCUAGAUUUGUCACAGGCCUCGAGUUUGAAGGCCCCAAAAAGCCUACUCCGGCCGGACAGCAGGAAAAAAAGGUCGGGAGCCUGCAGAAAUCACAGUCGCACUCGGCCUUGACGGCUGCCCUCCGGCGGAAUCUGGGGUCGUACUCGGGCAAGGAGACGGGCGUCAAGUUUACCUUCAUUAUAUAUGAGAACCAGAGGCGGUGGGUUGGCUUGGGCUGGACAAACAGUUUAUUUGCAUACGAGAGAUCUGCAUGGACAGAUGAACACAACAACGCCGUGCCACCUAAAGACCAGUUUGAGCUGCCCGAGGUCGACGACGGAGUGGCCAAGUGGAGGUGGGCCAAGAAUAGCAUGUGGCGUGUCGAUGGCGUCGGUGACGUCAAGGAGGAGUCAGAGUACGAUGGCGAAGCAGGCAAGAAUGGCUGGAUAUAUUACGAUAACAAGUGGAAUGGGGGCCGAAGAGGUCAGGAUGGUUGGGGCAAGUGGACGCGCCGCCGUAAAUGGUACCGUGAUGCCGAGCUGGUGGAGAUUGACAAGGACGCAGUCGAGCAGGAGCAGUCGGCAACAGAUGAAGCUGCUGGUGGUGCUUAUAAGCCGUCGGCAUCUCCGUCGCCCCCCAAGCUGCCGCCCCGAACGAACGCUUCUGCCCAGCAAGCGGUAGAGGCCUCCAAUGUAUACUCAUCAUCGCUCACCAACUCAAUUCGAUCGACCAACUCGGAUCCUUUCCAAGAUGAAGACGCCGAUAGUGUGUCUGUACUGUCGACUUCUUCGAAGUCAAACAGUAGAUGGAGGUUUUCGGGCGUUGGAAGCAGCGCAGCGUCAAAACCACCGCCGCCUCGUAGGAGAAAGACGGGGGAGUCGACGACUACGUCUGAGAAGAGAAAAAGCAGAAGAACCAGCGAGGCGGGUAGUAUCCGGGAUAGUGAGGGAAAUCUCGAGCCAGCUCUUGAAUUAGAAAUACAUGGAAGCAGGCGAGAGCAGGAGAGUUGGGGGAUUGGCGACGAUGUUGCCAUGGGGCUCGAAUAG